GAGAGGAGGCGGCGAAGGAGGAGAGCUCGGGCGGCCGCCGCCUCCCCGCGAGCGCUGCGCGCCCAGGCCCGGCUCGCAUGCGAGUCACGUCCGCCCCCUCGGCGCGGCCGCCCCGAGACGCCGGCCCCGCCGAGUGAUGAGAACAGACGUCAAACUGCCUUAUGAAUAUUGAUGCGGAGGCUAGGCUGCUUUCGUAGAGAAGCAGAAGAAAGCAAGAUGGCUGCCCUUUAGGAUUUGUUAGAAAGGAGACCUGACUGCAACUGCUGGAUUGCUGCAAGGCUGCGGGACGAGACCGAGGCUGGCCAACAUUCAGCAGCGGACCCUCUCACGACUGUUCACUCGCCCAUGCUCCUUGAGUUAUGCUUGGAAGCAGGAGAUGAGCUCAGCAGCAGCCAGCAGGCCAUGAUCCAGGAGGAGCAGUGAGGGGCAGAGCUGCUGAAUUCAUUGAGAGGGCAGCCUUGUGGAUGGCCCCGAAGCAAGCCUGAUGGAACAGGAUAGAACCAACCAUGUGGAGGGCAACAGACUAAGUCCAUUCCUGACUCCAUCUCCUUCUCCCGUUUGCCAGACAGAACCUCUGGCUAUUAAGCUCCAGAAUGGAAGCCCAUUAACUGAGAGACCUUAUACAGAAGUAAAUGGAGACACCAAGUGGCAGUCUUUCAAAAGUUAUUAUGGAAUACCCCAUAUGAAAGGGAGCCAGAAUAGCCGCGUGAGUCCGGACUUUAUACAAGAAGGUAGAGGGUAUUCCAAGUGUUUGCAGAAUGGAGGAAUAAAACGCACAGUUAGUGAACCUUCUCUCUCUGGGCUCCAUCAGAGCAAGAAAUUGAAACAAGACCAAAAGGUUAAUGGAGAAAGAAAGAACUUCGGGGAAAGCCAAGAAAGAAAUCCAGUCAAAGGCAGCAGUCAGCCAAAUGUCUCCGAUUCGAAGAAUACGAGAGAAUCUGUGAGCUCUGCAGCCCCAGACAAUGCAGUGAAAGAUUUCACCAGCUUUUCAACACGGAACUGCAGCGGGGCUGAGAAUCCAGAGCUUCAGGUUCUGAAUGAGCAGGAAGGGAAAAAUGCUAACUACCGUGACAAGAACAUUGUAUUACUUCUUAAAAACAAGUCCGUGCUAAUGCCUAAUGGUGCUACAGUUUCUGCCUCUUCCAUGGAAAACACACACAGUGAACUCCUGGAAAAAACGUCGUCUCAAUAUUAUCCAGAUUGUGUUUCCAUUGCGGUGCAGAAAACCACAUCUCACAUACAUGCCAUUAACAUUCAGGCUACUAAUGAGUUGUCCUGUGAGAUCACUCACCCAUUGCAUACCUCAGGGCAGAUCAAUUUCCCACAGACCUCAGACUCUGAGCUGCCUCCAGAGCCAGCUGCAGUGGUGCCUGAGGCCUGUGGUGCUGAUAAUGGCAGUGAACCAGUUGCAAUGCUGGGUACCUGUCCCUUUCCGAAACCAGAACAACAAAAAUCAGCUUUUGAGAUAUGCCCAUCUCCUGCAGAGAACAGUAACAUCCAAGGAACCACAAAGCUAGUCUCUGGUGAAGAAUUCUGUUCAGGUUCCAGCAGCAAUUUGCAGGCUCCUGGUGGCAGCUCUGAACGGUAUUUAAAACAAAAUGAAAUGAAUGGUGCUCACUUCAAGCAAAGUUCAGUGUUCACUAAGGAUUCCUUUUCUGCCACUAUCACACCACCACCAAUGCAAUUGCUUCUUUCCCCACCUUCUCCUCCUCUUCCAGAGGUUCCUCAGCUUACUUCAGAAGGAAAAAGCAUUCUGAAUGGUGGCGUGUUGGAAGAACACCAUCACUACCCCAACCAAAGUAAUUCAGUUCUUUUAAGGGAAGUGAAAAUUGAGGGUCAGCCUGCGGCACCACCAUCCCAGAGCCCUAAUCCAUCUACACAUGUAGCCGACCCCUCUCUGAUGCUUCCAGAAAGCCUUCAGAAUAACUGUGUUAAGAAGAAUGACAUACGGACUCCAGGGACAAUGGCCGUUCCAUUGUGUUCUGAGAAAACAAGACAAAUAUCAGAACAUCUGAAGCAUAACCCACUGAUAUUGGGUAGUAGUGGAGUUCCACAGGACCCCUGCCAGCAGUUGAUGGGACACAAAGAUCAAGAGAUUCUGCAGGGUCGAGACAAGGAACAAACACGAGACCUUGUGCUCCCAACACAGCCCUAUCUGAAGCCAGGAUGGAUUGAAUUGAAGGCCCCUCACUUUCAUCAAGCAGAAUCCCAUUUAAGAUAUAAUGAGGCACCACUGCGGUCAAUUCUUCAGUAUCAGUCCAACUCCUCCAAUCACAUGACCUCCAAACAAUACACUGGAAAUUCCAACAUGCCUGGGGGGCUCCCGGGGCAAGCUUAUAUCCAGAAAAUAAUGCAGCUGGAGCAGAGGCCACACAGGUACCAAGCUGAGAUGAAUCAAGGGCAGUCUCCAGGUAUAGUGGACCAGCAUCUCCAGUUCCAAAAACCCUCACUCCAGGUGCUCUUCUCCAAGACAGACGCUUUACCCAAAGCUCAGAUGCAGUCACUGUGUUCCCCUAGAUUUCAUUGUCAACAAAGACCAGAUUCCCAAACCGAGAAGCUCAUGCCCUCGACAUUAAAGCAACACUUGAAUCAACAGUCUUCAAAGACUGAGCCAUUCUCAAACUCACACCUUUUACAACAUAAGCCUCAUACGCAGGCAGCACAAACACAAACUCCCCAGAAUUCACAUCUUGCUCAAAACCAGCAACAGCAGCAGCAGCAGCAGCAGCAGCAGCAGCAGCAAAAAUUACACAUGAAGAAUAAAGAACAGAUGUCCCAGACUUUUUCUCAUCCCCAAGGCAACAGUGAUCAGCAAAGAGAAGGAUCAUUCUUUAGCCAGAUUAAAGUGGAAGAAUGCUUUCGUGGUGAAAAUAAGUAUUCAAAAUCAAGUGAGUUCCAGACUCAUAAUUCCCAAGUAGGAUUGGAGCACACCCAGAAUAUGAAUAGUAGAAAUUCACCCUAUGGUCAGACCUUGAAAUCGAGUGGAAGCAAAGUGCCGAUUUCUUGUUCAAACAACAUGCACCAAGUUCAAGAAAACACAGAACAGACUAUACAUUCUGAACUUUUUGCAGGAAACAAGACCCCAAACUUACAUCCCCUGCAAUAUUUUCCGAAUAAUGUGACCCCAAAGCAAGAGGCUCUUCACAGGUGCUUUCAGGAACAAGAACAGAAGCCUCAUCAAGCUUCAGUUCCACAGGGAUGUAGAAGUAAAAACCAAGAUGUAUCUGGUCAACAAGCUGCACAACUCGCUCAGCAAAGGUACCUGAUGCAAAACCAAGCCAAUGCUUUCCCUGUACCUGACCAGGGAGGAAGUCACAUUCAGACCCCUCCCCAGAAGGACUUUCAAAGGCACGCUGCUCUAAGGUGGCAUCUCUUACAGAAGCAAGAACAGCAGCAACACCAACAACACCAAACUGAGUCUUGCCAUAAUCAGAUGCACAGGCCAAUUAAGGUUGAACCUGGAUUGAAGUCCCAUGCUUGUAUGCACCCUGUGUCAGAAAACAAAACCUGGAAAAAGAUAACCAAGCAAGAGAUUCCACCUCUGAGCUGUGAUAAUGUGCAUCAAAGGAGCAUCCUCGAGACCAUGGAGCAACAUCUGAAACAGUUCCAGGUCAAAUCGUUAUUUGACCAUAAGGCUCUUACUCUCAAAUCGCAGAAGCAAGUGAAAGUUGAAAUGUCAGGGCCAGUCACAAUUUUAACUAGACAAACCACUGCUGCAGAACUUGAUAGCCACACCCCAGCUUUAGAGCAGCAAGCGACUCCUUCUUCAGAAAAGACACCAACCAAAAGAACAGCUGGUUCUGUUCUCAAUAAUUUUUUAGAGUCACCUUCCAAAUUACUAGAUACUCCUAUAAAAAAUUUAUUGGAUACACCUGUCAAGACUCAAUAUGAUUUCCCAUCAUGCAGAUGUGUAGAGCAAAUUAUUGAAAAAGAUGAAGGUCCUUUUUAUACCCAUCUAGGAGCAGGUCCUAAUGUGGCAGCUAUUAGAGAAAUCAUGGAAGAAAGGUUUGGACAGAAGGGUAAAGCUAUUAGGAUUGAAAGAGUCAUCUAUACUGGUAAAGAAGGCAAAAGUUCUCAGGGAUGUCCUAUUGCCAAAUGGGUGGUGCGCAGAAGCUGCAGUGAGGAGAAGCUACUGUGUUUGGUGCGGGAGCGAGCUGGCCACACCUGUGAGGCUGCCGUGAUUGUGAUUCUCAUCCUGGUGUGGGAAGGAAUCCCACUCUCUCUGGCCGACAAACUCUACUCGGAGCUCACGGAAACGCUGAGGAAAUACGGCACCCUCACCAACCGCCGGUGUGCCCUGAAUGAAGAGAGAACCUGUGCCUGUCAGGGGCUGGACCCAGAGACCUGUGGUGCCUCCUUUUCUUUUGGUUGUUCGUGGAGCAUGUAUUACAAUGGAUGUAAGUUUGCCAGAAGCAAGAUACCAAGAAAAUUUAAGCUGCUUGGGGAUGACCCAAAAGAGGAAGAAAAACUGGAGUCUCAUUUACAAAACUUGUCCACUCUUAUGGCACCAACAUACAAGAAACUUGCACCCGAUGCAUAUAAUAAUCAGAUUGAAUAUGAACACAGAGCACCAGAGUGCCGCCUGGGUCUGAAGGAAGGCCGUCCAUUCUCAGGGGUCACUGCGUGUUUGGACUUCUGUGCUCAUGCGCAUAGAGACUUGCACAACAUGCAGAAUGGCAGCACAUUGGUAUGCACCCUCACUAGAGAAGACAAUCGAGAAAUUGGAGGCAAGCCUGAGGACGAGCAGCUCCAUGUUCUGCCCCUCUACAAAGUCUCUGAUGUGGAUGAGUUUGGGAGUUUAGAAGCUCAGGAGGAGAAAACACGAAAUGGUGCCAUUCAGGUCCUGACUUCUUUUCGGCGGAAAGUCAGGAUGUUAGCAGAGCCAGUCAAGACGUGCCGACAAAGGAAACUAGAAGCCAAGAAAGCUGCAGCUGAAAAGCUUUCCUCUCUGGAGAACAGCGCAAAUAAGAGUGAAAAGGAAAAGUCAGCUUCAUCUCGCACAAAACAGACUGAAAAUGCAAACCAGGCUAAACAGUUGGCAGAACUUCUGCGACAUUCAGGACCAGUCAUGCAGCAGUCCCAGCAGCCCCAGCCCCCAUCACAACCCCAGCAACUACAGAAGCAACCUCCACAGCCACAGCCGCAGCCACCACAGCCACAGCGACCCCAGCAGCCACCACCAUAUCAUCCCCUGACUAGUAACCCUCCGUCAGAGGCUGUCAACUCUUACUCUCCUUCUGGGCCCACCCAUCUGUAUACAAGACGACCCAACCCAGUGAGUCCUUAUCCGAGCUCUUCACACGCUUCAGACAUCUACGGAGGCACCAACCCUGUGAACUUCUAUUCCACCUCAUCCCAAGCUGCAGGUUCAUAUUUGAAUUCUUCCAAUGCCAUGAACCCCUACCCCAGGCUUUUAAAUCAGAAUAACCAAUAUCCAUCAUAUCAGUGCAAUGGAAACAUAUCAGUGGACAACUGCUCCCCGUAUCUAGGUUCCUAUUCUCCCCAGUCUCAGCCCAUGGAUCUGUAUAGGUAUCCAAACCCAGACCCCCUCUCUAAGCUCAAUCUACCAUCCAUCCAUACACUUUACCAGCCAAGGUUUGGAAAUAGCCAGAGUUUUACUUCUAAGUACUUAGGUUAUGGAAACCAAAAUAUGCAGGGAGAUACCUUUAGCAGUUGUACUAUUAGGCCAAAUGUACACCACGUAGGGACAUUUCCUCCUUAUUCCACUCAUGAGAUGGAUGGUCACUUCAUGGGAGCUGCCUCUAGGUUACCACCCAAUUUGAGCAAUCCAAGCAUAGACUACAAAAAUGGUGAACAUCACCCAUCUUCUCAUAUAAUCCAUAACUACACUGCAGCUUCGGGCAUGUUCAACAGCCCCCUCCAUGCCCUGCAUCUCCAAAACAAGGAGAAUGACAUGCUUUCCCACACAGCUAACGGGCUGUCGAAGAUGCUUCCAGGCCUUAACCACGAUAGAACUGCUUCUGUCCAAGAAGGCUUACACAAAUUGCAUGACGCUAGCGGUCAGGAGAAGCAGCCUGCCGCCGCUGAGGACAAUGACGAGGUCUGGUCAGACAGCGAGCAGAGCUUUCUGGAUCCUGACAUUGGGGGCGUGGCCGUGGCUCCGGCUCAUGGGUCAAUUCUCAUUGAGUGUGCAAAGCGUGAGCUUCAUGCCACGACCCCUUUAAAGAACCCCAACAGGAACCACCCCACCAGGAUCUCGCUCGUCUUUUACCAGCACAAGAGCAUGAAUGAGCCAAAACAUGGCUUGGCGCUCUGGGAAGCCAAAAUGGCUGAAAAAGCCCGCGAGAAAGAAGAAGAGUGUGAGAAGUACGGCCCGGACUAUGUGCCUCAGAAAACGCAUGGCAAAAAGGUGAAACGGGAACCCGCCGAGCCCCAGGAGCCUUCCGAGCCCACUUACCUGCGCUUCAUCAAGUCCCUUGCUGAAAGGACCAUGUCCGUGACCACGGACUCCACAGUAACUACAUCUCCAUACGCCUUCACUCGGGUCACAGGGCCUUACAACAGAUACAUAUGACAUCGCCCCGUGUUGGUUACCUCAUUCGAAAAGACCACAACCAACCUGUCCAUAGUGUAGUGCUCGUGACAUGGGCAGUGGGGCAAGGACACAGUCAGUAUUCACGACAAAUGUGGUAGGAGGGACCUCAGCUCACCAGCAACAAAAGAGGUCCCCUCACCACAGCACUUAAUUUCCACUGACUCCUAAGUGGCCACAGAUGGCAUCUAGGCAGAAGACCAAAGCGUUCUAUGCAAAAGGAAGGCGGGGGAGAAAGGGUUCCACAAUUUACAUUUUUAAACACUGGUUCUAUUAUUGGACGAGAUGAUAUGUAAAUGUGACGUUUUCUUCCCCUUGCAACUCUACACAUCUGCGACCACUUUUAAUAAUACCAAGUUUGCAUAGUCAUGGAACACAAAUCAACCAAGUACUGUAAUAUUACAGUGGCAGGACUCUGAAAAUACCAUCUGGUGCUGAAAUACUGGAAUCAUGGCUUUUUAACAUGCAGUUUUUACUGUAAUCUUACUGUUAACUUGUAUUUAUCAAAAUAGCUAUAGGAAGCAAAAAUGAAUAGACAGCAAAACACUGAAUUUGUCUGGAUGUUCUAAGAAAUGGUGCUAAGAAAAUGGUGUCUUUAACAGUUGAACAUUUAAUGCCUUUCUACCAUCAAGAUGCUAUCUGUGUACCCCAAUUGCCGUUGAGUAACAGGGGUACCUUUUCAUUCAAGUUUUUAUCUUAAUUACCUAUUCUUACACAAGCUUAGUUUUUAAAAUGUGGACAUUUUAAAGGCCUCUGGAUUUUGCUCAUCCAGUGAAGUCCUUGUGAGACAAAAAAAAAAA